GCAGCAAGUUCUGCUGAAUUCUUCUGCUGCUGCCUCCUUCGAAGAUGGUCAAGUUGGACAUCCACACCUUGGCCCACCACCUCAAACAGGAACGGCUUUAUGUGAACUCUGAAAAGCAGCUGAUCCAGAGGCUGAAUGCGGAAGUGCUGAAGACGGCUGAGAAGCUCUACCACACAGCUUGGAUCUCCAAGCAACAGAGGAUCAACUUGGAUCGAUUAAUCAUAACAAGCGCGGAUGCCUCCCCAGCUGAAUGUUGCCAACACGCCAAGGUCUUGGAGGACACGCAGUUUGUGGAUGGUUACAAACAGUUGGGGUUUCAAGAGACUGCCUAUGGCGAAUUCCUCAACCGGUUGCGAGAGAACCCUCGCCUUAUUGCUUCCUGCCUGGUGGCCGGGGAGAAGCUCAACCAGGAGAACACCCAGAAUGUCAUCCACACAGUCUUCACCUCCAUCUAUGGCAACUGCAUCAUGCCUGAAGAUGAGAACUUCCUUCUCCAGGUCUUGCGCUACCUGAUUGAGUUUGAACUCAAAGAGAGUGACAACCCUCGGCGGCUGUUGAGAAGAGGAACAUGUGCGUUCAGCAUCCUCUUCAAGCUCUUUUCUGAGGGUCUCUUUUCUGCUAAGCUCUUCCUCACUGCCACCUUGCAUGAACCCAUCAUGCAGCUGCUGGUGGAGGAUGAAGAUCAUCUGGAGACUGACCCUAACAAGCUGAUUGAACGCUUCUCGCCUGCCCAGCAAGAGAAGCUCUUCGGGGAGAAAGGGUCCGAAAAGUUCCGGCAGAAAGUUCAGGAGAUGGUGGAAUCCAACGAGGCCAAACUGGUGGCCCUGGUCAACAAGUUCAUUGGCUACCUCAAGCAGAACACUUACUGCUUCCCACACAGCUUGCGGUGGAUCAUGUCCCAGAUGUACAAGACACUCUCGUGUGUGGACAGACUGGAGAUGGGGGAGGUGAGGGCCAUGUGCACAGACUUGCUCUUGGCUUGUUUCAUUUGUCCUGCAGUGGUCAAUCCAGAACAGUAUGGGAUUAUUUCAGAUGCUCCAAUCAAUGAAGUGGCAAGGUUUAACCUGAUGCAGGUGGGGAGACUUCUGCAGCAACUGGCUAUGAUUGGUUCUGAAGAAGGAGACCCCCGCACCAAGGCCAACCUGGGUAAAUUCGACAAGGGCUGCGUGGCUUCAUUCCUGGAUGUUGUGAUCGGUGGGCGGGCUGUGGAAACCCCUCCAAUGUCUUCAGUUAAUCUUCUGGAAGGGCUGAGUAGAACUGUGGUUUAUAUGACCUACAGCCAACUUACUACACUGGUUAGCUUUAUGCGGAACGUCAUGUCUGGCGAUCAGCUAAAGGAAGAUCGGGUGGCUCUUGAAAACUUGCUAUUAAAUUUACCCCAGAACAAGCCGGGGAAAAGCGGGAGUCUGGAGCUGACGCCUUACAACACCCCACAGCUCUCACCUGCAACUACUCCAGCCAGCAAAAAAACCCGUCUGGCCAUAGGACAACAAUUGGCUACCAUCAGUGCCUGGGAUACGUCUGCUACCAACCUCACAGCUCAUAUAAAUCUCGUAACCCCUUUUGCCACUCGCAGCAGGAGCCGUUCCAACAUUCAGAUGGACCAACACCCAGAUUGCGAGGGGUUUUCCCAAGAGACAAUACAAGAAAUGCAACCAGAAGAAGUUUUGGUCAUUUCUCUCGGGACAGGCCCUCAAAUCACACCUGGAAUGAUGUCAGAAAAUGAGGUUUUAAACAUGCAGCUGGCUGAUGGGGGGCAAGGAGAUGUUCCUGUCGAUGAAUCCAAACUCCACGGUAAACCUGAUAAAACCCUGCGGUUUUCCCUCUGCAGUGAUAAUCUGGAAGGAAUAUCUGAAGGCCCUUCAAAUCGCUCUAAUUCUGUAUCCUCGCUGGAUCUGGAAGGGGAAUCUGUUUCGGAAUCGGGGGCCGGACCAUCAGGAAGCAACGGGGUUGAAGCCUUGCAACUUCUGGAGCGUGAGCAAGCCACCACCCAGGACAAUCUGGAUGAUAAGCUGCGUAAAUUUGAGAUUCGUGACAUGAUGGGGUUGACGGAGGAUCGGGACAUCUCGGAAACCGUGAGCGAGACCUGGAGCACGGACGUUCUGGGAAGUGACUUCGACCCAAAUAUCGAUGAAGACCGUUUGCAGGAGAUCACAGGAGCUGCAGCAGAAAAUGUGCUGGGCAGUCUGCUGUGUUUGCCUGGGUCUGGCUCAGUGCUCUUUGAUCCCUGCACGGGCUCCACCAUCUCCGAAACCACGAGCGAAGCUUGGAGCGUUGAAGUCCUGCCAAGCGACUCAGAGGCUCCAGACCUGAAGCAGGAAGAAAGAUUGCAAGAAUUAGAGAGCUGCUCGGGCGUAGGGAGUGCCUCCGAUGAUACUGAUGUGAGGGAAGUCAGUUCCCGGCCCAGCACCCCUGGCCUCAGUGUGGUAUCAGGUAUAAGCGCAACUUCUGAAGACAUCCCCAACAAGAUAGAGGACCUCCGAUCCGAGUGCAGCUCCGACUUUGGCGGGAAAGAUUCAGUCACCAGCCCUGACAUGGACGAAACUGUGCACGGUGCCAGCCACUUGACCUCUCCCCAUUCUCAGGCAGACUCCCUUCUGGCCAUGUUUGACCCCUUGGCUUCUCACGAAGUGGUGAGGCCGAAAGUGCACUACGCCAGGCCUUCUCACCCUCCGCCAGAUCCUCCGAUCUUGGAAGGGACCCUGGGCGGCAGCGAUGCCAGGCUGCCCAGCUUCACCUCCCACACGGCCAUCCUUUUUGACUCGGAGGCGUUCAAGCAGCGGUACUCUUACCCCGAAAGACUCGUGCGGAGCAGAAGCUCCGAUAUCGUGUCGUCGGCACGGAGGCCCAUGAGCGAUCCUGGCUGGAACAGGCGAGCGGGAACCGAGGACCGGGAACUUUCGGGGCCCGGAAGCAACAUCGGUGGGGUGACGUUGAUUGCCGCACCUCAGUCCUCAUCCUCAUCUCCAAGCAAAGAUUCCUGUAGGGGAGAGAUUGAAGAUCGAAAAGACAGCGAUGAUGAGAAGUCCGACCGAAACAAACCAUGGUGGAAGAAACGUUUUGUUUCAGCUAUGCCCAAAGGUGAAAAAAAAGAAAAACAGGACAAGGACAAGGAUGACUUCAUCACCGAGCGAUUUCCCCCUCUUCAAGAUGACUCCGGCCCUCGGCUGAGCACCCAGACUCAGGCGGCCGAAGACAUUCUGGACAAGUACAGGAACGCCAUCAAGCGGGCCAGCCCCAGCGAGGGGGCGGUAGUCAACUACGACAGCACCGAAGCCAUCGGAGACGGCGAAAGCAUCCACGACGCCUUGCAAAACAUGUCCGCCGAUGACCUCCCCGAUUCGGCCAGCCAAGCAGCUCAGCCCGAGGACUCCACUUUCUCCUACAGGGAUGCAAAGAAGAAGCUGCGGCUUGCACUCUGCUCAGCUGACUCUGUAGCUUUCCCCGUGUUGUCCCAUUCCACGCGGAACGGUCUUCCGGAUCACACAGACCCUGAAGACAACGAAAUCGUCUGCUUCCUAAAAGUUCAGCUGGCCGAAGCCAUCAACCUCCAGGACAAGAACCUGAUGGCCCAACUUCAGGAGACGAUGCGUUGCGUAGGGCGCUUUGACAACAGGACCUGCCGGAAGUUGCUGGCCUCAAUUGCUGAGGAUUACAGGAAACGGGCACCCUACUUCACCUACCUGACACGGUGUCGCCAGGGCCUCCAGACCACCCAGGCCCACCUGGAGCGGCUGCUACAGAGAGUCCUGCGGGACAAGGAGGUGGCCAAUCGCUACUUCACCACGGUGUGUGUGCGCCUGUUGCUGGAGAGCAAAGAGUCCAAGAUAAGAGAGUUCAUUCAGGAUUUCCAGAAGCUGACAGCAGCGGACGACAAAACUGCACAGGUAGAAGAUUUUCUCCAGUUCCUCUAUGGGGCAAUGGCCCAGGAUGUCAUCUGGCAGAACGCUAGUGAGGAACAGCUCCAGGACGCUCAGCUGGUGAUCGAACGCAGCGUCAUGAACCGCAUCUUCAAGCUGGCCUUUUACCCCAAUCAGGACGGAGACAUCCUGCGGGAUCAGCUUCUUCAUGAUCACAUCCAAAGAUUGUCCAAAGUGGUGACAGCAAACCAUAAAGCCCUUCAGAUACCAGAGGUCUACCUGCGGGAAGCACCCUGGCCAUCGGCCCAGGCCGAAAUCCGGACCAUCAGCGCCUACAAGACUCCCCGAGACAAGCUGCAGUGUGUGCUGAGGAUGUGCUCGACCAUCAUGAACCUGCUAAGCUUAGCAAAUGAGGAUUCGGUUCCCGGGGCAGACGAUUUUGUUCCAGUGCUUGUUUUUGUCCUCAUAAAGGCCAACCCUCCCUGCCUCUUGUCCACCGUCCAGUACAUCAGCAACUUCUAUGCCAACUCUUUAACUGGGGAAGAAUCGUACUGGUGGAUGCAGUUUACAGCCGCAGUGGAAUUCAUCAAGACCAUCGACGAACGCAAGUGACCGGAACCGGCCUUCCUGCUCAAGGAAACACGGUGCCGUGUAGAAGGUCCUCAGAGAAUGUAUUCUCCUGGUCCCUCCUGGGCCAGAGAGAAGCCAAUGCAGUGAUGAAAAAGAAGUCCGGUUUUGUGUGUGUAAAUACGGUAUUAAUCAGACUAAUUCUAAUAGGGUGGUUUGGAGAAUGGCUUGGAUGUGUUUCUCUUUUGCUAUCAAAAACAAAGACCCCCCUGCCUUUUCGUUUAGAAACUAGCACUGUGUCCACUCAGAUUCCAAAGGGACCAUAUUCUAGGGAAUCCUGGAAUCUCCAGGGCAAUUUUGUCACCAGGGAUCUCUACUGACAUUUUCAUUUUCCUGGAAUAAUUCUGGUUCACAUAUUUACUUUCUCAGAUUAAAACAACAACAACAACAACAACAUUUUUAUUUGUAAACUGGGCUGGGAGCGAAGACAGAUGUUUCCCAACCAUCUUUAUUUACACUAAUACUCUUGGGGGAGCGGUGAGAGGAAGACACCAGCUGCGCAGAAAAGUUUGCAGGAGGCAGACACCAAAGGGGAAACUUUUUAAUCAUGAACAAAUAGUGUAAAUGAAACGUUGCCAUUGAUGAUCUUGCAAACGCCGCUUCUCCAGCAGUUGGCAUUGGACACAUUUUCUGGAUAAAUGCUAUGACCGUCUACUGAAUUUAAAGCUAAGUUUUUGGAGGGGGGGGGAGGAAGGCCAAAGCCUGCAUAUUUAUUAAAAAUGUGAAAAGUUACUAAAACUGGAAGUUACCCAAGGGUUUUUUUGUUGUUGCUUUUUGCUCUCAUUUGUUUAACAUCUUUGUUUUUCAAAACAAAAUUCGACAGGGCAUUUAGUAUCUGUUGCACAAGGGAGGAGGUUAGAAACAAAAGGGAUUGUUUGAAAAGAAGUGCUAAUAUAAAAAAAAAAAAAAGUCUUGAUACCUUUGUUUUUCCUUCUGAAAUACUGUGUAUACUGUACAAAUCCCAAAUGAAUUUUUUUCCCUAUGAAACCAGAAACUGUAAUAUAUAUUUUGAUUAUUCAUAUUAAAAACAUACACCAGGUGUUUGGGUGAA